AUGCAUCAAUAAUUGCCGCCAGAAUAACUAGAUCGACUUAUUUGUUUAGAAGCUAGAAUUCAUAAAAAAUCGAAAGAGGAAAUCAUUUAGGAGCAAUAUAUACAGAUAGAAAAUGAGAAACAUAUAGAUGAAAAUGAUCGCAAUAAAAAUAAUAUGGAUUCUAAUAAAAAGUCUGAUGAUCUAAAAUGUUCAUAAAAUAGUGAAAAUUCUCCUUAAAAAUUAUUUACAUCACAAAAUUUGAGUCCAGUUUAAAAGAAAAAUAUAAUUGUAAAGAAGCAUUCAUAGUAAAAGAAAAAAAAAAAGACUAAAGAGGGAUAAUAAAAAGAUGUAUAUUGAUUGAAAAAUUCAUAGAUAACUUAGUAUUUGUAGUAUUAAAAAAAGUAAUAAAAAGCAAAGAAGUGUGAAUAAAAAUUAAUUGAGUAUUCAAUUUAAGAUUCUCCUUUUAAAAAUAAAAGCCCAAUACCUAAUGAUCCAACAUUAGAAAAAUAACUUAAAGAUAAAUAAAACUAGAUUGCAAUAUCUGAGAUAAAAAUAAAAGAACUAGAAACUCACAAUUCUGAACUUCGUGAAACAAUAUCAGUAUAUGUAUGAAAAAUACUUUUUAGUCUUUAACUGAAUAGUAAUUAAAGAUGUAGGAUAUAGUUAAAUAAUUUGCAAUAGAAAAUGAGAGGCUUAAAAAAUAAUAAUUCUAAAUUUAAUUACAAACAAAUAGAGUUAGAUUAGGUGAAUAUGUAAUUUAAAGAGAGAAAACAGCUUUAGUUGAUGUUUGGAUAGAUGGAUAAGAAUUACGGUAAGCAAAAGAAUAGUCAAAAAAGUUGGAGAAUUUAAAGGCGGAAUAUGAAAAUAAAAAGAAAAAUUGUAAAAAUAAAGAGGAACAAGAAAUGAGAACUAUAAAUGUAAAACUAAACUUUUUAAUAAAAGAGGAAUAAUAAUUAUAAGAAACGUUAGAUAGAUUAGAGAUAGAGAAGAACUUACAUAUAAAGUAAUUAAAGCGAGUUUACGAAGAAGAACAUUCAAGAUUUACAAAAAAUAAUGAUUAUCCAUUAAUAGGUGAAAGAUAUUAAGUAUUAAGUUUAUUAGGAAAGGGUGGAUUUAGUGAAGUUUAUAAAGUAUUAUAUAAAUAUUACAAUUAGGCUUAUGAUAUUUAAGAAUUAAGAGAAGUGGCAUGUAAAAUUCAUUAGUUAAAUUCUAAUUGGUCAGAUCAUGCAAAACAAAAUUAUAUUAGACAUGCAAUAAGAGAAAAUAGAGUUCAUAAAGAAUUGAAUCAUCCUCAUAUAGUGAAAUUAUAUGAUUCUGUUGAGAUUGAUAAAUCUUCAUUUUGUACUGUUUUAGAAUUAUGUGAUGGUCCUGAUCUAGCUUAUUAUAUUAAAAAAUAUAAAUAGUUUUAAGAAAAGGAAGCUAAAUUAUUAAUUGGAUAAAUAAUCUCAGCAAUUAAAUACUUAAAUAAUCAUAAGAAUAAAAUUAUUCAUUAUGAUCUGAAACCAUAAAAUAUAUUAUUCCAUUUAAAUGAGCUUAAAAUAUCAGAUUUUGGGUUAUGUAAAGUUUUAGAAGAUGAUAAUUCAAAAUUAUAACUUACUUCAUAAGGAGUAGGUACUUAUUGGUAUUUACCUCCAGAAUGUUUUCAUAUGGGUGAUUAACCUCCUAAUAUUUCUAGUAAAGUCGAUAUUUGGAGUAUUGGUGUAAUCUUUUUUGAAAUGCUAUUUGGUUAAAAACCAUUUGGUUAAGGGGUGAGCCAAGAAAAGAUAUUAAAAGAAUAAGUUAAUAAUUUAUUUAAUUUUUAGAUAAUAGUAAAAUCUUAAUCAGUGACGUUUCCUUAGAAACCAAUAAUCUCAAAUGAAUGUAAAGAAUUCAUCAGAGCUUGUCUAGCCUAUAAUCAAGUAGAUCGUUUGGAUGUUCAUUAGGCAUCCAAUCAUUCUUACUUUUAGAAAAAAUUAAAUUGA